CACGUCUCGGCGUAAGGCGGCCAUGUUCCGGCAGUGACAUACAGCUUCCGGCAGGAUCUGGGUGUUGCUUGCUGUGUGGGGGUUGACGCCGUGUUGAGCUCCAAGCCGAGCGAGCCCCCGAGGCGCCCGGUGGAAUUCCAGUGUCUGCUACGGUAACCUCAUCCGCCCGCCAAGAUGGCGAUGCAAGCGGCCAAGAGGGCGAACAUUCGACUUCCACCUGAAGUAAAUCGGAUUUUGUAUAUAAGAAACUUGCCAUACAAAAUCACAGCUGAAGAAAUGUAUGAUAUAUUUGGGAAAUAUGGACCUAUCCGUCAGAUCAGAGUGGGGAACACACCUGAAACUAGAGGAACAGCGUAUGUAGUCUAUGAAGACAUCUUUGAUGCCAAGAACGCAUGUGAUCACCUGUCAGGGUUCAACGUUUGUAACAGAUAUCUUGUGGUUUUAUACUACAAUGCCAACAGGGCAUUUCAGAAGAUGGACACAAAAAAGAAGGAGGAACAGUUAAAGCUUCUCAAGGAAAAAUACGGCAUCAACACAGAUCCACCAAAAUAAAGGUUGUUUUCUGCAUUUUCAUUUUGGACUAAAAUCCGUGAAUAUGACCAUCACCAUCACCCUUUUUUUCCUUUUUAAUUACUACUCAAUAUUGUGAUUUCUUAUUUGAAAUUUAAAAUGACCUGCUUGAAACUUUGAUAUAUGUUAGAAUGUAUUAUAAUA